CUUAUAUUCAUAAUUAAAGUAUUUUGUGAUGACGGAGACAGUUUGAGAACGACUCCAUUCCUGUAUGCAUAGGUUGGACACCCCGCUGUUGUUGCUCAUGAUAGCGUGUGUUAUGCUUUAUGGAUUCAUGUUUUUAACGAUGCAUUUUGACACCUUUUUUUGUGACGGACAACGGUAAUUCAGGUCGUUGUUCUUCUGUGCGCAUUCUUGUUUGCACUUGACAACUUCAGCUCGUAGGUCCUGCACCGCCCUAUUGCUUUCUACACUCUGCUCGCUCCUUACGGCUUUGUACAUGUACUUCACAUUACACGGUUGGAGGUUAUGCCCCUGAAACGCUGUUCUACUUAGCGGCUUAAAAAUCCUCCUCUUUGGUGGCGAGCACGACCCCCGCGUGCCCGUCGGCAACGAGAUAUACGAGUACAGCAUAACCGAUGGCUCAUGGCAAGUCCUUGAAGUGCAAGGCGAGCGCCCGAGUCCAUGCGUCGCGCAUGCUGCUGCUGCCGUCGGUGCUAUGCUCUACGUGAUUGGUGGCAGGUCUGGUCUCGCAAUGGGUGAGGGUGCCACCAAUGAGCUCCACGCCUUCGACACCACCUCGCGCACCUGGACCCGACUCAGCCCGCAAGGCUCCCAACCGCCCAAACGCUCCUACCAUGCCAUGACCGCCCUGGGACCCAAGCUCUACGUGUUUGGCGGUUGCGGGGAGGACGGUCGCCUCAACGACCUGUACGAGUACGACACUCGUACGAACACAUGGACUGCCCUGGCGACGCCCUCGCCUGAUGCCGUACCGGGACGCGGUGGCAGCUGCCUGGCAGCGGUUCCGCCAGAGGCGGCUGAUGGGGCUGCGGAGGGCCCAGCUCGAGAGGGUUUGCUAUAUGUGAUUGGGGGCUUCUGCGGCCAUGAGCUUGAUGACAUGCACGUGUACAGCAUCGCUGACAACAUCUGGUGCAGACCCACCUGCCCGACCUGCUGCGGCGCUGCAAACGCCGCCGGCGAGCUCUCGGCUCGCAGCGUCUUCGGUACCUCCCUGCACCGCUGUGACAAGAGCGAUUGCUCGUACAAGGCUGCCGUACUCGCGUACGGAGGCGAGGUUGACCCCUCCGACAAGGGCCAUGCGGGAGCGGGUGACUUCUGCUCUAGCUUGAUGAUGUACGACAAGGCUGGCGGUUGGCGGUUGGUGGAGGCUGACGGCGAGUCGCCGGGGCCGCGAGGCUGGUUCGCAGCUGCGACAGGACCCGCGGGUCAGCUUAUUGUGCAUGGAGGGCUGGAUGCAAACAACGAGCGGUUGGGGGAUAUGUUUGCGCUAGACUUGCAUGCGUGAAGAUGGAAAACGGGGUGGCGAGGUGGGAGGUCAAGACUUCCGAACGCCUUAGAUUUGACUAGUUGGGUGCUAGGAGGCCGGGUGGCGGGGGAGACAGGUGCCAUGCAAGGGUGUGUAGGAAGAAAUGAGAGCGGCUCCAGCACCGUUGCAGAAGCCUGCUGCCCUCAAGGGUUGCUGACUUGCUAUUAACUGGAUUUGCCACGGCUGUCUGAAACAAGAGCCGGGGACGGUAACAAGACCGGCAAGGCUAUUUUUAAGCCCUUCCAUGCUGCCUGGUUGGGAGGAAAAGGCACGCCGCGGAUGGUUGGGAAAUUCGUAGUGGCAUAUGCGUAUUGUAGCAGCUGUCGGGAGCGAGGAGCCGAG